UUCUAAACAGCUUUCUCAGAAUAAUAAAAUUGCAACAGUAAAAAAGAUGAGAGAGAAAAGGGUGAGAUAGCUGGAGAUGUAAAAGAUCAGAGAGAAAAAGAAGCUUUGUCUUUUGUUUCCAAGCAUUCAAUUCUAUUUUCUCUCUUCAAUUACACCACUCUCUCCUCUUCAAUUGCUAUUUGAUCACAACACAAGUUUUAAUUAUCACCGACUCUCCCAUAUCCCCUUCUUCUCUCUAUAUCUCUUUGCGUGGACAAAAGAAAUGGUUUUAAGCGGAAAAAACAGAAGGCGGUUUCACCAUUAAUAUGGGGUUCUCCAUAGCUGUUGAUAAAUUAGAAGAAGAAGCACAACAACAACAACAAGAGCAAGAGACAAAGUCUUUAGGUUCCUCUUUGAAUAUCGUCAUGGCUUCUUCAAGUGUUAAGAGCAAUACCAACUCAACAACUCAACUUGAACCAUUCCUCCCACCUUUACAUCUUCAUCAUCAACAACAACCACCACAACAUCAUUUUCAUCAUCAUCAAAUACCAGACCAACAAAUCUCUUUUGGGAUGAUGCCAUCUUCCUCAUUAGCUUCUAUCCCAGGAAAUUUCUUAAGCAAAGAUUCUGGAGCUUAUGAUUUGGGGGAAUUGGAUCAAGCCUUUUUUUUGUAUCUUGAAGGUCAGGCUGACCCUUCUAGUGUUCAAGACCAAAAACAGAACUCAUCAUCAGGAAUGAGGCCACCACCAACUCUCAACAUUUUCCCAUCUCAACCUAUGCACGCAGUGCCACCAUCCAAUUCCAAGGUUAACAUGGGAUUACCCUCCACACAAACCAGCACUGGCUCAAAGAGACAACCAGAGUCAUCCAUGGCCAAGCCCAAUCCACACACUGAAGCCCCUUCUGCACCUGAGCCACCCAAAGCUGUAAAGCGAGAGGGCAAUCGCAAGGGAACAACAUCAAGCUCUGAGCAGGAAGCACCCAAAACACCAGAUCCUAAGACACUAAGAAGACUUGCUCAGAAUAGAGAAGCAGCAAGGAAAAGCAGGCUCAGGAAAAAGGCGUACGUUCAGCAACUAGAGUCAAGUAGGAUUAAGCUUAAUCAGAUAGAACAAGAGUUACAACGUUCUAGAGCUCAAGGCAUAUUAAUGGGCGGAAAUACACUUCUGGGUGGGGAGCAAGGCUUUCCUAUGGCCAUGAGUGGAAUUAGCUCAGAGGCUGCAAUGUUCGACGUGGAAUAUGCGAGAUGGUUAGAGGAGCACCACCGCAUAGUGUGCGAGCUAAGAGCUGCACUCCAAGAACACCUUCAUGAGAACGAGCUUCGUUUAUAUGUGGACAAUUGCCUGGCUCACUAUGACCAAGUAAUGAACCUUAAGAGCAUGGUGGCCAAAAUCGACGUAUUCCACCUUGUUUUUGGCAUGUGGAAGACCCCAGCUGAACGUUGCUUCAUGUGGAUUGGUGGCUUCAGGCCAUCUGAACUCAUCAAGGUAUGUAUUAUUCUGGGUCAAAUUGAGCCUCUUACGGAGCAACAAAUACUUGGGAUAUGUGGGUUGCAACAAUCUACACAAGAGGCAGAAGAGGCUCUUUCCCAAGGGCUUGAUGCUCUUAACCAAUCUCUCUCAGAGACUAUAACAUCGGACUCUUUGUGGUGUCCUCCAAAUAUGAAUAACUACAUGGGACAAAUGGUUGUGGCAAUGAACAAACUCUCCACUCUUGAAAGCUUUGUGAGACAGGCUGAUAACCUCAGGCACCAGACAAUUCACCGUCUGCACCAACUUCUAACAACACGCCAAGCUGCAAGGUGUUUGGUGGCCAUUUCUGAGUACUUCCAUCGUCUCAGAGCCCUAAGUUCUUUGUGGUCGACUCAUCCUCGCCAAGAUCAGUAGUGAGUGGUGGUGGUGAUGGUAGUAACGACAUUCCAUAACUCAAGUUAUGGCUAGAUAGCUAUAUUAAAUAUUUCCAUAUAUAUAUAUAUAUAUGGCCUUGUAACUUCUUAAUUUCUCUUAAAUCAUAAAUUAAAUAUUUCCUUAAUUUCAUUUUGGUACCACCCUCUUGAUUUCUC